AUGUCCAUUACGGGAAGAUGCUGUGUGCUCCAUCUCUUGGUUCUUCUCAUGUUCACGUUCAGCGGGGAGAGAAUUGAGGCUCAAAGAGCAGGUUGCAAGAACGUUCACUAUGACCUUGUCUUUAUCUUGGAUGCCUCCUCCAGCGUUGGAAAAGAAGAUUUUGAGAAAGUUCGACAGUGGGUGUCUAAUUUGGUGGAAACUUUUGAGAUUGGCCCAGACAAAACCCGUGUAGGUGUGGUGCGAUACAGUGAUCGUCCGACAACGGAGUUCGACCUGGGAAAGUAUAAAACACGUGAGGAAAUCAAAGAGGCUGCACGAAAAAUUAAGUAUUAUGGGGGUAAUACAAACACUGGAGAUGCUCUCAGGUACAUCAACACCUACAGCUUUUCCAAAGAAGCUGGUGGGAGACUUAGCGAUCAAACUGUUAAAAAAGUGGCUAUCCUUUUGACUGAUGGAAGAAGCCAGGAUUAUGUCUUGGAUCCAGCCACUGCAGCCCAUCAGGCUGGAAUUAGGAUCUUUGCUGUGGGUGUUGGUGAAGCCUUAAAAGAAGAACUUGAUGAAAUUGCUUCAGAGCCCAAGUCUGCUCAUGUGUUUCAUGUGUCUGAUUACAAUGCCAUUGAUAAAAUUCGAGGGAAGCUUAGAAGACGUCUCUGUGAAAAUGUCCUGUGCCCAAAUGUCCACGUGGAAGGAGAUCGAUUCAAACACACUGAGAGGGAGACUGAUGAAAUUCCAGGAUUUGACCUGAUGGAUUCGUUCAGCGUGAAACAGAUUUUUGGAACGAAAGAAAAUGGAAUUCAGAGUGCUUAUGUACGACUUGGAAGCUUCCCAGUUGUUCAGAAAACUGAGGAUGUAUUUCCACAAGGUCUCCCUGAUGAGUAUGCCUUUGUAACUACCUUCAAAUUCCGGAAGGCUUCCAGGAAAGAAGAUUGGUACAUUUGGCAGAUUAUUGACAAGUAUGGCAUACCACAGGUCUCAAUUCGAUUAGAUGGAGAGAACAAAGCUGUAGAGUACAAUGCCAUUGGCCUCACCAAGGACGCCGUGAGAGUGGUCUUCCGAAGUGCCCGUGUCAGUGACCUUUUUGACCGCAACUGGCACAAAAUUGCCCUCAGUAUUCAGUCAAAGGCUGUCUCACUUUACAUAGACUGCAGACUGGUGCAGAUGCUGCCUAUUGAAGACAGGGAAAAUAUUGACAUUCAAGGAAAGACUGUGAUUGGCAAACGCUUGUAUGACAGUGUCCCCAUUGAGUUUGAUCUUCAGCGGAUGGUUAUUUACUGUGAUUCUAGGCAUGCUGAGCUGGAGACCUGCUGUGACAUUCCCUCUGGACCAUGCCAGGUCACGGUCCUGACAGAAGCACCUCCCUUGGAAGUGAGGCCCACUGUUGGCAGUGAGCAAGUUGGCCACCUCAAGACUUUCAACUGUUCCUGUCCUGCUGGACAAAAGGGGGACAGAGGUCCGAUGGGCCCUGGAGGUCCUAAAGGUCAAAAGGGAGAAAUUGGCAUUCAAGGCCUUCCUGGGCUCAGAGGUGAAAAAGGAGAGUCGGGCAGAGCCUAUGGCCGAGGAGAAAAAGGAGAAAAGGGUUCCCUGGGCUCACCUGGCCCCCCUGGGAAGGAUGGAGCAAAAGGAGAAGCUGGUAAACCAGGACAGCCAGGAGCAUUUGGACUGCCUGGGCCAGCAGGUCCAAAGGGAUCCGAGGGGAAACAGGGUCCUCCGGGAAUUAAAGGCUAUGUAGGUGCACCGGGUCUGCAAGGAGAAAGAGGAGAAAAGGGAAUACGAGGAGACAAGGGAGAACGAGGCCUCGAUGGGUUCCCUGGGAAACCAGGUGUGGAGGGGAAACAGGGCCCUGCUGGCAGCCCAGGUCCUCCAGGUGUCACUGGGACCAAAGGAGAAAAGGGUGAACCAGGACUUCCAGGACUGCCUGGAUCUUCAGUGCAUACUGAAGGCCUAAAAGGAGAGCAAGGAGAGCCUGGGCCAAGAGGACCACAAGGCCAACCUGGACUUCCUGGACCUCCAGGAGAGACUGGUCUGGAAGGCAAGCCUGGACCCCCUGGUUUACCAGGUCAAAGGGGUAAAAAGGGAGAACCAGGAUUCCCAGGAAUCAAUGGUCUGAUUGGCCCUCAGGGACCUCCAGGGCCCCCAGGCAUUGCUGGACCACCUGGAGCACCAGGAUUGCCUGGAGAGAUUGGAGUUGCUGGUAAAACUGGACCACCGGGACCAGCUGGAUUGCCUGGCAAAGAUGGGUUAAAUGGACUUCCUGGGCUUCCAGGUCAAAAGGGAGAACAAGGGGAAAAGGGUGAGGAAGGUUUUCCUGGAAAAGCUGGCCCUAAGGGUGAACCAGGGAGCCGUGGCCAACCUGGGGAGCAGGGUGAAGCAGGUCUUCCUGGUCUUCGGGGUUUACCUGGACUGAGAGGAGAAAAAGGAGAUCAGGGAGAAAAAGGAAAAGAUGGUUUCCCAGGACUGAAAGGUGAAAGAGGAGCAAAGGGUGACAUGGGUUCCCCUGGACCACCAGGCUUACCUGGAACAACAGCCUUCUUCACCCCAUACCCUAGGAUUCCUGGUGAACCUGGACCAAAAGGGGAGAAAGGAGAUCAAGGAACGAGCGGAGAACCUGGAUUACCUGGGGUCCCAGGUGGACAAGGUGUCCCAGGACCUGCAGGAGAACAGGGCACAAAGGGGCAGAAAGGAGCCCGAGGAGAAGCUGGAGCCCCUGGAGGGACUGGUGUGACUGGACCAGCAGGGCCCCCAGGUCCAAGAGGCUUGCCAGGAAAUGUGGGUGUGCCUGGAAACCCUGGACUACCAGGAAAGGCGGGAGAAAAGGGGGAAAAGGGUGAUCCUGGAAAAGAGGGAAAAGUGGGUUUACCUGGACCAGCUGGUGAGCCAGGGCCUGCUGGACAGCCAGGCUUGCCUGGCAAGGGUAAAGAUGGAGAACAGGGGCAAAGAGGCCCACCAGGCUUGCCAGGACCCUUUGGACAGAAGGGUGAGAGAGGAGCUCCUGGCCUCCCUGGACAGCCAGGAGACAGAGGUGUGCCAGGAAUUGGGCUGGCUGGACCCCCUGGCCCUGUGGGACCCCCAGGAGACAAAGGGUCAUUGGGUCCUCGUGGUGUACCUGGUAUCCCUGGACCGCAGGGGCCUCCUGGCCAGGAUGGCCUGCCUGGAAAUCCAGGGGAAAGAGGACCUCCUGGAAAACCAGGUUCCCCACCCCUGCUCUCUCCAGAGGACAUAAAUCUCUUGGUAAAGGAUGUGUGCAGUGAAUGUCCUCCUGGCCCACCAGGACUGCCAGGCAUCCCAGGUUUCAAAGGUGAUAAAGGUCUUCGAGGGCCACCAGGCAGAGAUGGUCAGGAUGGGAAAAUGGGGAAUGCUGGUCCCAGAGGUCCUACAGGCCCACCUGGACUAGAUGGCCCAAAGGGUGCUAAAGGAGACCGUGGUAUGACGGGAGAUGUAGGAGAGAAAGGUGAACAGGGUCACCCUGGAAUGCCUGGCUUCUCAGGGGCUCCUGGAAACCCCGGUCCACCUGGACCAGAUGGGGCACCAGGACCAAUAGGACCAGUAGGAAACACAGGAGAUACAGGCAAAGAUGGUCCUCCAGGUCCACAAGGCCCACCAGGGUUACCUGGACUUCCAGGCGUUGCUGGGAAUGAUGGCAAAGAUGGCAAACCAGGAUCUCUUGGGGAACCGGGAAAGCCUGGAGAACCAGGGCUCCCAGGCCGGGAGGGUCCCAGAGGCUUACCGGGUUUCAAAGGACAGAGAGGAGACACAGGUCCACCAGGUCCCCGGGGAGAGCCAGGUGCGACAGGUCCUGCUGGUCGUGAGGGCCCACAAGGGAAGGAUGGUGAAACUGGUCCCAUAGGACCACAGGGCCCUCAAGGACUCCGAGGGCAGCCGGGCAAGAAUGGAUUACCUGGAUCUGCAGGAGAACCUGGUCCAGCAGGUAGCCCAGGUCCUAAAGGAAAUAAAGGAGAAAAUGGCAGCCCAGGACUCCCUGGCUUCACAGGACCCCGAGGACCACCUGGAGAACCAGGAGAGAAAGGUCCUCCCGGAAAAGAGGGUGCACCAGGAAAACCAGGAGAAAUUGGGUCCAAAGGAGAGAGGGGAGAGCCUGGCAUCAAAGGUGAAAAAGGCCCUCAAGGAGAAAAGGGCCGUCCAGGUGAUCCUGGGAUACCUGGUCAUAAAGGACAUCCAGGACUCAUGGGUCCCCAUGGACCCCCAGGAGACACUGGGCAAGUUGGACCUCCUGGUCCUCCAGGACAGCCAGGAUUUCCAGGACCAAGGGGGGAACCCCCAUCUCUAGAGACUUUGAGAAGGCUCAUCCAAGAGGAGUUAGCCAAGCAGCUAGAUGCAAAGUUAGCCUAUCUCCUUGCUCAGAUACAGCCUGCACAUGUAAAAGCAUCCCAUGGAAGACCAGGUCCUCCUGGUCCUCCUGGGAAAGAAGGACUCCCAGGAAGAAUUGGCCCUCCAGGGGAGCCUGGACAGCCUGGACAAACUGGGUCUGAAGGGCCACCUGGACCAAUUGGUCCCAAAGGAGAAAGAGGAGCAAAGGGUGAGAAAGGAGACACUGGCAUUGGCCAGCGAGGGGAAAUAGGUCCUCCGGGAAUUCCAGGCCUCCCAGGAGAGCCUGGCUAUGCCAAAGAUGGGAUGCCAGGACCACCUGGCCCUCAAGGUGAAGCUGGUGUGCCUGGUCUCACUGGUCCACAGGGACCUCCAGGAGUCAAUGGACAGUGUGACCCCACUCAGUGUGCUUACUAUGCAAGCCUGGCUGCCAGACCUGCCAAUGUCAAAGGGCCCUAG